AUGAAACUUGCUACUGAUUGGUGCUUUUCGAUCCUUCCAGCAUAAUAAACGAACUAUAAAUAUCAAAAGUGGUAAAAAGUUUACCAUGCACUCUUGCUGAAAGCACUCAAAGCAGUUCGUAUCGACAUGUCUGGUCGCGGUAAAGGUAAAGCUAAGGGCACCAAGUCCAAGAGCCGCUCAUCCCGAGCAGGGCUUCAAUUCCCAGUUGGUCGUAUCCAUCGUCUUCUCCGCAAAGGCAAUUACGCGGAACGUGUUGGCGCUGGUGCUCCUGUGUAUUUGGCUGCUGUGCUCGAAUAUCUGAGCGCUGAAAUCCUCGAGUUGGCAGGCAACGCUGCGCGUGACAACAAAAAGACAAGAAUCAUUCCCCGUCACCUUCAGCUGGCUGUCCGUAAUGAUGAGGAGUUGAACAAACUGCUCGCCGGGGUCACCAUCGCACAGGGAGGUGUUCUUCCCAACAUCCAGGCCGUACUUCUGCCUAAGAAGACUGAGAAGAAACCCAAGGCCUAAAUCAGCUUUAACACGUUUAAAAACGGCUCCUUUAGGAGCCACCAAA